GUCACUUGAAUUUGCAGUUCUUUUCUGACUCUAGUCGGAAUUAUAUUAUUGUUGGUUGCUCGAUAUUUUGUUUCAGCUACUGGAUUACAUUUGCUGCUCCACAUUAUCAAAUAUUGGUGUGAAUCAUUGUAAAAUGGUCUGUGUAUCAUCAGGAACAUCGGCGGAUGUAUAUAGAAGGCAGUGGCUGGAGCUGCACCUGUUGCCUUGAUUCAAAACCUAGAAAAAUUAUUUAGAAGUUUUGUGUAAUAUAUUUAUAGUAAUUUCGAACCAUAGUAGCAAAAAAAGGGAAAUAAUCUUCUAGUAUUCUGCAUUCACUGACCUAAAUCCUGAAUAUAUCUUUGUGCAUGAAUUGUAACAAUGAUAACUGAUUAAGUCUUUUGGGCCAGAGCAUUAUGUGAAAAAGGUCCCUAAGAUUAGCCACCAGGAAAUGAAGUUGACUAACGAGAGGUGGGUUCUUGGGGAUUUAGUAACUUCUCAGAAUUGGAAGUUAGUACUUUUACUCUAGGUCCUUGCUUCCAAAGAUUGGUUUAUCCUUUUAUAGAUUUAUAUGUUUAGAAAAUACAAAGAAAUUCUAAUACUUUUAAUUUGUGUUUGCCAAAUAUUAGCAUGAUAUGAGUUUAAAUGGAGUAAUGUGGUCAGUGAGGAUUCAUAUAGCCGACCUCAACUUGUUUAGGAUUGAGACAUAUUUGUUGUUCUAACUCAAGGCUACCUCAAACCAUCAUAGUCCCAUCAUGAUUGAAGGAGGUCAUAGUUCUACCUUUUUCCUUUGAUAGGCUUCUUAUCAUCAGCCACAUGUUAAGCGAAACCCAUCAAGAUGCUAUGAAUGAAUGGUUUGAGAUCCUUGGCGCAUAUCAGCACCAUUGUCACCUUCUUCAAGAUCAUGUGUUUUUCUUUUGGAUUAAUGGGUCAUAGUGGUUGUUCAACAAUGGCAUAUUGGUAUCUGUAUGUCAUAUGUAUAGCUUCAGCCAUUUGUUGGAUUUCAUUUUAUUUUUCUGUCAUUUGUUUGUUUUGGUAUCCUAUUUAGUACAGCAACAACAACUAGGAUUCAGUUCCAAGCGAGUUAAGGUCCAUGUCGCUCUAUUUAAACUUUGGUAUCUUACUUAUUAUAGCAAUACAAAUGUGUCUUGACGCUCAUUUCAUUUAAAAGCUUCCUAACAAAAUAGCUUAUUUCCACUGCCAAACCAGAUGAUCAUUGAAUAGAAUGGAUUUGGAGGUGAUUACAAUAAAAUUUCUCUGCCUUAACCUUAAAUAAUCGAAGUCUUAAUGCAAGCAAAGGAGGUGUCAGGUGUUACAUUUAAGUGCUCCCCCUUAUUAUUGAAGUCUCUUGUUUGCCAUUUUUAUGUUGAUGUCUUUCAUGUCAAUGGCAUUUUACUAGCAAUAAAGAUGGUAUGAACCCGAAUCAUUUCAGAUGUUGGCAAGUAUCAGCAGUCAGCAAACACUACUACUGAUGACCUGCUUCAUAUGCGUUUUGCUUUUGGACUAAGUGGAGAGAGUUGGACUUACCAUGGAUGUAUCAUUAAUUCAAUAUCUUUAUAUAAGAUAUUGUCUUCAUUCAUUUUUUGUAUUUUGAUUUGAUUCGCUGGCCAUUUUUCCUCUAUCUCAUUUAUUCUUGCGUUAACGAUUUUGUGCUUGAUAUUAGACCUGUGCUCUCCCUUUGUCCUCCUGCUAUACAUAAAGUUUGUAGUAAUUUUUCACUGUUAGAUGCAAUCAAGGCAAAAAAUGUCACAUCCCCAGAUACGGAAGCAGAUCCUCUUCCUAAUGUUGGAAGAGUUGCAUUUUCCAAAAAAUAUCAGACAGCUCGCAACCCUAGAUUGCAGCUGAUAUGCCCAAAACUUCAGAAUAUGCUUUCUUCAAGAAGUUGAAAAAGGAUGUUGGCCAUAGUAAUUCAGAUCUUCUCCACAGAAGGAGUAAACUAUCAAAGAAUAGUACCUCAGGUAUAUCCAAGGAGGCAAAACUUAAGUCCUUUUCACUCCCAACUGCAGUGACUCCUGUAGAUUCAAAUUUGCGGCUGUCACCCCUUGCAGGUCCAUCAAAUAAUUCAGGGAGCCAGUACUCUGGUAAUGGAAUUUUUGCUGCAAAGAGACAGAAACUACGUCAGCAGGCAAAUGCACUGUUUCUUGACGUCGAAAAACUCAAUUCUGAAAGGUUUGAUUUGGUUUCUGCACUUCUCAGCCGGCUGUUCCCUGGAAGGAAGGAGGGUGAAGAUUUCUGGGAUUCAAAGGUCAGGAAAGGGGAUUCAAGUACUACCUCACUUGCACAUGCUAAGCCAGAUCAUGCGCGACCUCAUUCAAAACACAAAGAAGAUGUUACAAUACCAGAAUAUAGGAUGAGCCAGACUGAUGGCUGCCUCACUAAUUUCUUUUGUAGGCCAAAGGAGAGAGUUCCCCUAGAAUGGGAUAACUUCAAUUCUGCCUUUCAUCUCAUCGACUAUGACGCAGAAACUGGUUUGCUCUGUGAAGAUGUAGAUAAUAGUCAAAUUUCAAACAACAAAAGUAUAAGUUUGUGGGAUCAGAGUGAUUCAUUGCCUUCAUUAUCCUUUGACCGGCAUGGGUUUGCUGAUCAUCUCCUACCGGAUAGACUUCAUAGUGCAAAUAUACCUGUAAGCAGAGAAGCACAAAACUUAUUCUUAGAUUGGGAUUUCAAUGAGGAGAAAAAUGAUCCAGCAUUAGCCAUUACUACUAGCGGAGGGAAUAAACUGUGUUCACCAAUAGCCACCUUACCGCAUGUUGAUUACCAGCGGAGUACAGAAAAGAAGCUUGAUGCGCUGGCACUGUCAUCUUUAUAUACAAACUCUGCCUGCUUUGAUGCACUGCCAUAUUUUCAUUCAAACAAUUUUCAGCAGAAACUCUUUCCUACCAAAUUUUGCUCCAGGGACUUUGGAACGAUUCUUGAACAUGAGGAAUGUGCAGUUGCAAGAUUGGACCAGUUUGACCUACCCUUGUUAUGCAACUCAGAAGAUUUUAAUUCUCUGGAAGAUCAUAAUCCUGAUUUUCGAACAAUUCUUGAACAUGAGGAAUGUGGAGUUGCAAGAUUGGACCACUAUGACCAACCCUUGUUAUGUUACUUAGAGGAUUUCACUUCUCUGGAAGAUUGUAAUCCUGAGAAUGCAUUUGAAAGUGGCAAUGUUAUUGUCUCUUAUCUUAGUCAUCUUGAGAAGAAUCAUUGUGAUUCUGAAGAACUCUUGCCAAUUGCCUUGGAUACAUUCGGCUGGAAUUUCCUGUCAGCAACCAGUUCCCAGUUGCAGAGGGGUUUAUCUACUUAUCAUACUUUUAGAUUACCUCAUAGAAAAGAUACAGUUGGUCUAACAAAUGAGGAGAUCAAAUACAACUUGUAUGAUUUAAACCCAAGAGAAACUGCUCCUCAAUCAUUUGAACAGUCAUUCAACUCUCAUAUCUGGUACUCUCGCAACUCUGAAGUAUCUUGUGACAAAGCAAGGGGUGGAUCUCUAUUACUUGAAAAUUCAAGCAGGGUUACAUCUGUUGAAGAAAUUUCUCCUGAUCGUUCUGAUGAAUGGACAUUGAGCUGAAGAUUCACAUAUAGUUUUGACGGGUCCUAUACUCAUAUUAAAUAAUCAUAGUGCUGCCUCCUAUUCCAUUAAAGAAUGGAAUUCCGCCAAGGAGAACACCUUUCAUUUUUGGGUGUUUGUUGCUCUAGCGUGACAGUGAUCCACUAUGUGUAAAUCACCCUUCCGGAAGCAUUCAACAGACUAAAGGUAUGUAUCAGGGCCUUUAGUAGUACAUUGUUUUCUGCGGUUGCAAGUAGAAACAUAGUGUAAUUCUGGUAUUUUGCAAUCCUUAGUUUCAUUUACUAUGUAAACAAAUGUCUCAUUAGGUA